GAGGUACAGAACUGAACACAAGGACUAUUGUAUAAAACAUUCAUUACCAAUAGAAGAGUUACAUUUGAAAGUCAUAUUAUAAUAAAGAAUAAUGAUUAUACUUUUUGAUUAGUCAUAAAUAUACGUUACUUUACUUAAGUAUUGAAUUAAGUGUUUUUAAUUAUUUUUAUUAACUUUAUCUAUCUUGGUAUAUCUUUUAUAUAUUUUAUCAAUGACGACCACUUUUACAAAUACUGAGUCUUUUAAUUACUGGAGGUAUGUUGUAUAAUUUACCUUUUAUCUUUAUGAAAAACGCAUAACAUUAUUUAAGAGUCAAUUGUGCUAAUAUUUUAAGGAUUUUAAAACUGAACAUUUAGUUAACAUACAUUUAAUGGUUGGUUGGCUUUAAUAAUUUCUUCUUCCUCUUCUUUUUUUUCCCAUUUCUUUUUGACAGUUUUCUGUGGGUUGAUACAGAGAACCAUCACAAUUGUGCCUGGUAUGGACUUGUUGUCUGGGACGUAUAUAUUUGCGGUCCUUUUAGCAUGUGUCGUAUUUCAGUCUGGCGCCCAGGAGAAAAACUACACCGUCCGAGAAGAAAUGCCAGAAAAUGUUCUGAUAGGCGACUUGCUGAAAGACCUCAACUUGUCACUGAUUCCAGACAAGUCCUUAACAUCUCCUAUGCAGUUUAAGCUAGUGUAUAAGACUGGUGAUGUGCCACUGAUUCGAAUUGAAGAAGGUACUGGUGAGAUCUUCACUGCUGGAACUCGCAUUGAUCGUGAGAAAUUGUGUGCUGGUAUCCUGGUGGAAACCCGUUGCUUUUAUGAAGUGGAGGUUGCUGUUUUGCCAGAUGAAAUAUUUAGACUGGUUAAGAUACGUUUUCUGAUAGAAGAUGUAAAUGAUAAUGCACCAUUAUUCCCAGCAACAGUUAUCAACGUAUCAAUUCCGGAGAAUUCGGCUAUAAACUCUCGAUAUGCUCUCCCAGCAGCCAUUGAUCCUGACAUAGGAAUAAAUGGAGUUCAAAACUACCAGUUAAUUAAGGGUCAAAGUAUUUUUGGACUUGAUGUCAUUGAAACACCAGAAGGGGACAAGAUGCCACAACUGAUUGUUCAAAAGGAGUUAGAUAGGGAAGAGAAGGAUACAUAUAUAAUGAAAGUAAAGGUUGAAGAUGGUGGCUUUCCUCAAAGAUCAAGUACUGCUAUUUUGCAAAUAAUUGUUGCUGACACAAAUGACAACAGCCCAGUCUUCAAGGAGGAUGGGAUUGAAGUCAAUAUACCAGAAAAUUCUCCUGUAGGUACUUCAGUGACACAACUCCAUGCCACAGAUGCUGACAUAGGUGAAAAUGCCAAGAUUCACUUCUAUUUCAGCAAUCUAGUCUCCAACAUCGCCAAGAGGCUAUUUCACCUCAACACCACCACUGGACUUAUCACAAUCAAACAACCACUGGAUAGGGAGGAAUCACCAAACCACAAGUUACUGGUUUUGGCAAGUGAUGGUGGAUUGAUGCCAGCAAGAGCAAUGGUUCUAGUAAAUGUUACAGAUAUCAAUGAUAAUGCCCCAUCAAUUGACAUAAGAUACAUCAUUAAUCCAAUCAAUGGCACUGUGGUUCUUUCAGAAAAUGCUCCACUUAACACCAAAAUUGCUCUCAUAACUGUGACAGAUAAAGAUGCUGACCAUAAUGGCAUGGUGACAUGCUUCACAGAUCAUGAAGUCCCUUUCAGAUUAAGGCCAGUAUUCAGUAAUCAGUUCCUCCUGGAGACUGCUGCAUAUCUUGACUAUGAGUCCACAAGAGAAUAUGCCAUUAAAAUACUAGCUGCAGAUGCUGGCAAACCUCCUUUGAAUCAAUCAUCCAUGCUCCUUGUCAAAGUGAAGGAUGAAAAUGACAAUGCUCCUGCUUUCACCCAGCCUUUCAUAAGUCUUUCUCUUCCUGAGAAUAACUCUCCUGGCACCAAGUUGACAAAAAUAAGUGCAAUGGAUGCGGACAGUGGGCACAAUGCUGAGAUCAAUUAUCUGCUAGGUGUUGAUGCUCCAUCUGAAUUCAACCUAGAUCGUCAUACAGGCAUUCUGACUGCAGUGAAGAAACUGGAUAGAGAAAAACGGGAAAAAUAUUCCUUCACAGUUCUGGCAAAAGAUAAUGGGAUGCCAUCCUUAAUAACCAAUGCCACAGUUUUAGUGACCAUUCUUGAUCAGAAUGACAACAGUCCAAUUUUUACUCACAAUGAGUACAACUUCUAUGUUCCAGAAAGCCUUCCAAGACAUGGCACAGUAGGACUGAUCACUGUAACUGAUCCGGAUUAUGGAGAAAAUUCUGCAGUCACUCUCUCCAUUUUAAAUGUGAAUGAUGACUUCACCAUUGAUCCACAGUCUGGUGUUAUCCAACCAAAUAUUUCAUUUGACAGAGAAAAACAAGAAUCUUAUACUUUCUAUGUAAAGGCUGAGGAUGGUGGUAAGGUAUCACAGUCUUCAACUGCCAAAGUGACCAUAAAUGUGGUUGAUGUCAAUGACAACAAACCAGUUUUCAUUGUCCCUUCUUCCAAUAACUCCUAUGAAUUGGUUCUACCAUCCACUAAUCCAGGCACAGUGGUCUUCACAGUACUUGCUGUUGACAAUGAUACUGGCAUGAAUGCAGAGCUUCGUUACAGCAUUGUAGGAGGAAACACAAGAAGUUUGUUUAUAAUUGACCAAACAACAGGCAACAUCACACUAACAGAGAAAUGUGUUGUUACAGACCUUGGUUUACACAGAUUGAUAGUUAAAGCUAAGGACUUAGGACAACCUGAAUCUCUCUUCAAUGUUGUUAUUGUUAAUCUAUUUGUGAAUGAAUCAGUGACCAAUGCUACAUGGAUUCAUGAACUGGUGCACGAAAACAAUGAAACACCAGUGACCCCAAAUAUUGAGACAACUGAUGCAUCCUCACCCACCAGUGACUAUGUCAAGAUCAUGGUUGCUAUUAUUGCUGGCACCAUAACUGUCAUCCUUGUUAUUUUCAUUACUGCUGUAGCAAGAUGCCAUCAAUUGCCACACAUUAAGGCUGCUCAGAAAAACAAGCAGAAUUCUGAAUGGGUUACUCCAAACCCAGAAAACAGGCAGAUGAUAAUGAUGAUGAUGAAGAAGAAGAAGAAGAAAAAGAAGAAGAAAAAGAAGAAGCAUGCCCCUAAGAACUUGCUGCUUAACUUUGUCACUAUUGAAGAAACUAAAGCAGAUGAUGCUGACAGUGAUGGAAACAGCGUCACACUAGACCUUCCCAUUGAGCUGGAAGAAAAAAAGAUCGGCAAGUACAACUGGGGCACUAUACCUACUACCUUCAAGCCUGACAGCCCUGAUUUGGCCAGGCACUACAAAUCUGCCUCUCCACAGCCUGCCUUCCAUAUCCAGCCUGAAACUCCCCUGAAUUCAAAGCACCAAAUCAUCCAGGAACUGCCACUUGAUAACACCUUUGUGGCCUGUGAUUCCAUCUCUAAGUGUUCUUCCAGCAGUUCUGAUCCUUGCAAUGUUUCUGAGUGCAGCUAUUCAGUGACAACUUUCAAAACUCCUGUGUCUGUACACACUAGACUGCCAAUGAAGGAGGUUGUACGAUCUCACACCCCGGUGAAAGAGUCAACAACUGUGGAGAUCUGGAUUCAUCCCCAACCACAGAAACAAACU